GCAGGGGUUCCAAAGCUUACUCCAAGCCCCACCAUCCUGUCUCCUCCUCUCUCUCUCUCUCUCUCUCUCUCUUCUUUUUUUCGACCACCUUUCAUCAAUUUACACUCAUCAUCGUCCCUCUCUCCUUUGCACACAAAAAAGCAAAAGACCCCAUUGAAGCUCUCCUUCAUCCCUCCUCCUCAUUCCUUCCUCCUCUCUUUCUCUCUCUUCUUUUUCUCUCUCUACCAAUGUCCCUCCACCCACCAUUCUUGAUCUCGAUCCUCCUCCUCCUCCUCACCGUUCUCUCGCCGGCUCUCUCCACCGCGGACCACCCGGAGCCGGAGCCGGCCAUUGUCCAGCCACUCCAUGUGAACCCAUCACCGGCCGCCACCAUCCCCGCCUUCCCGGAGCAGUCCGCCGCCGCGGGCUGCCCUGACCUCCCCGACGAGCUCUUCCGCGGCGUCCGGUCCGCUUGCGGCGGCGGCGGCUUGGGGGACCUCCAGCGCACCCGGUGCUGCCCCGUGCUGGCCGCGUGGCUCUACUCCGCCUACUCCUCCACCGCCCUGGGCAGCGCCGCCGCAGCAGCCGGCGCGGCCGGCGGAGGGGCGGGGGGCCGGACGCCGGCGUACGACAUGCCGCUGCUGCCGGACGACUCGGAGACGUGCGUGGACGGGCUCGGGAAGGCGUUCAGGGAGAGAGGGGUGGCGCUGGCGCGGCCGAACGAGACGUGCGACGUCGUGUACUGCUACUGCGGCAUAAGGCUGCACCUGAGCUGCCCCGCGGCGUUCUCGGUGAACCGGCGGGGGAAGCUGGUCGGGGACGAGAGCGUGAGGAGGCUGGAGCGAGACUGCCGGAGUGGGAACGGGUCGGGUCUCGGCGGGUGCUCCAAGUGCCUGAAGGGUCUCCACCAGCUCAACAGGAACACUUCAGACUCAAGCAAACUGGAGGAGGAGAGGACCACCAAGAUGCGCAACAAGGAUUGCCAGCUGAUGGGUCUCACGUGGCUCCUCGCCAAGAACCGGACCGCCUACAUCCACACCGUCUCCGCGGUCUUACGAGCCCUCAUGAUGGCCGAGGAGAGCUCCUCCCACCCUCAGUCGUGCACGCUCAACAGUGACGGGAUGCCCUUGGCGGUGGAUUCGUCGGAGAUCUCCGAGAGCUCGUCAUUGCGCGCUCUCCCAUCGCUCGUCUUUUCUUAAUCGCGUUGCUGCUAGCGCUCUCGCUGGUAACCCGCGCUUCGCCGUAUGAUCAACUGUACUUAAUCAACCAUUAGCUCAGCAGAAAUUUGUUCAGUCAAGUACUUCUCAUUGUGUCAAUUUCAUCUGUUGGCGCUUGUUCUUUGCAUUGUGGCAUGUGACAUUGCCAGUUGCCAUUUUUUUGUUUCUUUGUAGUUUUGUGGAAUAGAUAAGGUCUUUGAUCCAAAAGAGCAUGAGAAUUAUCAUCAUCCAUAAUAUUCUGUCAUUUUUUUUUGUAGUGGGCCUUCAACUUGUAAGAGGUAAAUUAUGGGUGCUCCUUUCUUUAUCCUUGGGAAGCAUAUAUCUUUGUA